AUGACAAGAAAGCUCACAACCAGUUCCUUUGAAGGACUCACCCUGGCCAAGGAUUAUUAUAUCAUGGGCACCCUAGGUGAAGGGGCCUUGGGAAAAGUCAAAGUGGCUCUCCACCUUGUGACCCAGACUCUGGUUGCCAUCAAAAUACUGAAAAGGGGCACGAGUUCAGAACCCCUGAUCAGCUGUGAGAUUGAGCUCCUGAAAACAAUACAUCAUCCUCACAUAGUACAGCUGCUUCAGAUCAUCGAGACCAAACAGAAAACCUACCUGGUGAUGGAAUGUGCCUCCCGGGGACCCCUGCUGAAACAUGUCACUCAGUGUGGACAUCUGGGCGAGGAGGAGGCACGUACUCUAUUCCAGGAACUGACUUCAGCCAUCAAAUAUAUCCACAGUCACAAUAUUGUCCACAGAGACAUCAAGUCUGAGAACAUCCUACUGGAUUCAGAGGGGCACAUCAAACUCAGUGAUUUUGGUCUGGGGAAAAGAUUGACCGCUGGGGAAAAGGUCAAGGGCUUCUGGGGCACGACGGAAUAUUGUGCCCCUGAGGUGUUCGGUGACACAGAAUAUGAAGGGCUUCCCACUGACAUUUGGAGCCUUGGAGUGGUUCUCUACCUUCUGGUGCGGAUAUCUCCCAUUCAAAGAGAUUGAUCACUCCAAGAUAAAGUCACAGAUUCUAUCCCGAAACUGUUGGAUACCGACUCACCUCUCGCCAGAGCUUCAAGACCUACUGAACCGAUUAAUGUCAGUGGAUCCCACACAGAGGCCCCUCAUCGAGGAAGUUGUGGCACACCCGUGGCUGCGCCAUGA